AAGCUCAAUUUAUUCUUUUCAGUUUGAUUGAUCAUUGAUCAUAGAUACUUUUGACUAAUUUACAACUUAUUUAAAGCUUAAUAUAAGUAUUAGUAAGAGACCUGAUAGUUGUUUUAACUCAUAUAUUUGUGUGUUAGUAUUAGAUGGUAUAUUACUGUUUUAGGCAGAUUGUAUAUUUUCUGAGUUAUUGGCAACACUGAGAUAGUAGACUUCGAGGAUAUUAAUUAUGGAAUAUUAGAACAAUGCCUUUAAUAUAUAAUACAAGAUUAAAUGUGUUUAAGAGGAGCAAUUUCAUUCUCUAAUUAGCUGAAUUUUAUCUUGUAUAAGGUUUAGAGUAGCAUUUUUUUUCUGAGUUUUGUUCUUUUCUCAAUCUCUUCAUUUAGACUUUUAAAUUUACUUAGAACACCUCACAAACUGCCAUAAUCUGAAGUUACAUUGCCUACCAAGGUGUGAGGGUGUUUGUUGGUUCAUGAUCAACCCCGUUUAGAGGUUGAUUAAAUUGGUUAGGGCUCUCUCAUAUGUAAUUGUAAGUUCUGGUGUGCAUUUAAUCUUUUUCGUAUGAGAGAAGGCAGUUGGAAGUUGGAACUUAUUUUUAUACUAUUGCUCCCAUUUUGCGCCCAAAUUUUCUUUGGUUAUUAUAUUUGACAGAGUUUUGUGCUGUGAUGCAUUUCUUCAUGUGAGAAACUUCUUAUAUGACAUUUGAUAGUGUUUUGCUCUGUCGUUGUUUAUAGUAUUCAAAUGUUGUUGUACCAUGGUGCAUUCAUGAGUGUGGUGUUAGACUGAUACAUUCUGAAGACUUGUGUCCAGAAAUAGGAUCAUGGCUUGUGCACAUGCCCAUUUGAUUGUCUUGAAUUAUGUUGUAUUGCAAUUGAUAUUUUAAGUAUUUCUUGAUGGAAAUUAUUGUCAAAAUAUAUUUGAGUUUAUGAAACGCAACCAUGUCAGAUGGUAUACCGAGAUUCUGAUAAGGUAUUCUUAUGGCCUUCCCCUCUGAACAUUUUAACAGAACACAAUUAUUAUCUGAGCCACCCUGGAAGAAUGUUGGACAAUGAUUUUAUCAUUAAUUUCAGUUAAUAUAUAUUAUAUAUUUUGAUUAAGCUCUAGUAUUUGAUGUGUUUCUUAUCAAAUGGAGAGAUGGAGAGAGAAAAGAAAAGAUAAAGUAGCUUUUGUAAUAUGUAUUUUAAACAACUAUACCUUGCCCUUAUGCAGGUUGCUUUUUUUCAUGGGACAAAGGUUGUUCAAUUUAAACAUAUUGUGAAAUUUGUGCUCCAACUUUUAUGACAAUGCUAGGAUUGCAAGCAGACAUGCAGCACAAAAGCCACUUGCUAGGGUGUUAUACUGCUUGGGACCUUAAUUUGGAUGUUAAUGGCACUGUAUGGCCCUCAGAUAAUGCUGAUAGAAUUGUAAGGAAUAGACAUUACAAUAAUGGUGCUUUGCCACUGUCUUCAGACUUGAACAUCUUGGACAACAAGGAUUUACUAAAGCAGACAAUGCUCAAGCAUGAAGCAGAAUUUAGGAAUCAGAUCCAUGAACUCCAUCGGCUAUACAGGAAACAGAAGGAAUUAAUGGAUGAAAUGAAAAAGAUUGAGUUAUAUAAACAUCAUCACAGUCUGGGCACCUUACAACCAAAUCAAUCCCCUGUUUCAGAAGCUAAAGAUGGAAACAGAGGGCAAGCAGGUCAUGAUCCUAUUCACAUAGAAUGCUCUUCAAAGGCCCCUGAGUUCAUGGAGUCCAAUUGCAAAAUGUUUGGCAAAAAGAUCUUGGAUCUUGAACUUCCAGCUGAUGAGUACAUUGAUAGUGAAGAAGAGGGAUUUUCAGAAGUGAAAAUGGCUCCUGAAGUGACUGAUAUACCAACUAAUGCUCUAAAGAAAAUUCCUGAGGUUAAAGAUAGGGGUGAUAAAGAACUACCCAUUAGUGCCAGUGGGUGCAACUCUGUUUUCCCUGAAGGCAAUUUUAUUCCUAGUUCCAUUUCUUUGAAGAGUAAAGUUUUAGCUGAUUUAAACAUUCCUGUCAAACUUGAGGAAGAUAAAAUUCCUGAGCUCAGUGACUUUCAGGAUCCUAUUAUCGGCCACAGAGAAACUUCAUUGCAAGAUCUCUCUGGAAAAUCAAAUUCAAGCUUUGAAGUUCUGUCUAAGGAGGUGAUUCCAAAUAGCCAGAUAAUGAGGGAUCCAGAAGCAGACUUGGAUAUUUUAUUUCUGGAUAAGCACAAUAUGCAAAGAGAACACAUAACUUGUAAUGAUAAAGCUGGGCAAAGCAGAAAUGAUUUGAAUUCUUCCUGCCAAGAUCUCUAUACGGAAAAAUUAUCAAUUGAGCACAUUGAUGAUGAGCAAGCUGAAGAUUCUUCAACACCUCAUGGUUUGGAUGAGGCUAAAGGUAAGUUAUGCAAUGAAAUUUUACAGUGUGUUGGAGGAGACAUCUCUUCUCAUAGCUAUAAACCAGUUGCUACUGUAGACAUGCGCAGCUCAUAUCAGAUAGUUCCUUUGGCUGAUAAAAUGAACUCUGAGUCAUCCUCUGUUUCAUCUUGGAGAUGUGACUUGAAACGGAGCCCUAUAGCAGUUCAAGCACUUCCAUGUUUUAAGGGAAAAAGUUCUAAAUCAUUUACCCGAAGCCUUGGGCUUGCUGGAAAUGAGCUUUGUCUUAGCACAAAAUUGUUAUCUAGGCCAAAGUUGUGUAGUGCUGCUACCUUCCCACAGGAAAGUUGGCAGAAUGAUUUUCAGCUGGAGGGUCAGCCACCAUCUACAAGUUCUGUUUCACUGAACUGCAAUAAUGACAAUGGCUCUGCAUUUGAGCGACAUAGUCCUGCGAAAUAUACCAAGGAUUUCAAGUAUGUGAUGUCUGUAAAGAGUUUGGAUCUCAAUUUUGUCUUGCCUAGUUUCUCCACAGAUGUGGCUUGUUCCCAAGGUGCUUCUUCUAUACUUGGUGAAAAGACACUUGAAAAUUCAACUGGUUGUUCUCAAAUUGCUGAAACGCCAAUACAUGAUAGCAAAUCUGGUGAAAGGAAAGACCAGUCAGUCCCCCUGGAAUGUGUCCUUAAACAAGCUAAUUCAGUGUGUGUUCAUGAUGCUGAGUUGGAUAAGGUGGAGGCGAGCAACUCCCUUGAUUUUAAGAGGAUACUUGGAUUUCACAGGUAUAACAAGCCUCCUAUUCCCAAUGGCCAGUGCUCAUCUCAUGCCUCCCCUGCCGGAAACCAUUCAAAUUCUUGUGCAAAAGAAGACAUCAAGGACAAAGAAAAGGAUAGGCUACCUGAUAUGAACUUGGAAGUUGAUCAUGUGCCUUUCAGAGGAAAACAACUACCUGUGGCUGAGUUGUUUUCCAAAAGCAAACCUUGUGGAAAACAUCCAACUUUUGGAGUUCUCAUUGACCUGAACUCUUGCUUAUCUCUGGAUGCAUCUCCACUAAUACCUUCACAUUCAAAUGAAAUAGAUUUGGAGCCACCUGCAAGUCCGGAAAACAAAGAGAGGUCGCCACCUAGGGGGGAAUCUGAUGAAAACCAACUUGAGACACCUUUGGUAUCUUCAGGACUAGAAGAUGGGGAUCUGCAAGAGGCACUAGUUAGGAUUGCAGCGGAGGCUAUAGUUUCCAUUUCAUCUUCUGAGAUUCAGACUUGUAAAGAAAGCACCAGUUGUGAACCUUUUAAAGCUUCCUGGAAUAAUUCCCUCUAUUGGUUUGCAAGGGUGGCUUCUUCAGUAGUGGAUGAUCCGGGAAGUGAAUUUGGAGUUAACGUAGGUGUUAAGGAUCAUGGUGAUCAUGAGGAGUAUUUAUCUGAUGGAAUUGAUUACUUUGAGGCCAUGACAUUGAACCUAACAGAGAUAACGGUAGAAGAGUCUUGGUGUAAAAGCAAUGGGCCAAAAAAGGAAGAAAUGAGUGCAAAUUUUUUGAGAAACCAGCCAAAGAGGGGUCGAACGAGGAGGGGAAGACAGCAGCGGAAGGACUUUCAAAGUGAAAUUCUUCCAAGCCUUGCCUCUCUUUCAAGGUAUGAGGUGACUGAGGAUCUUCAGAUGAUAGGAGGGUUAAUGGAAGCUGCUGGUGCUCGGAGGGAAAGUUGUUCUUCAAGAAAUGUAGGUAGAAAUGGAUAUGCAAAAGGGAGGCGACGGUCUAAUGCCCGUGCUUCCAAUAUAAUGGAGAGCACGAUGAACACAUUGCUGAAGCAGCAGUCUGUUAAUGAUGAUGUGGGUAUCCAGCAGAGAAGACUAAUAGAGUGGGGGAAGAUAACAAGAAGGCCUCGGGGGCCAAGAUGUCCAUCGAGUAAUCCUCGGCUUAUAUUAGGCCAAGUAUAGUAAGAGUAACUUUAAAGACUUUUGGGUUAUAGCUAACUGUCAUGUGAUUAUGAUGUACAUGUCAACUAAAAUAUGACAUACCAAUUACAUUUUAUAGGAGAAUAGAAGUCCAUUUUCAACUUUCAAUGGCUUUUGGUCUUGGUACUGGUCUGGUGAAUGAUGGGAUUGUGAAUAUGCUCUUUUGAACCUAAGAGUUUGUUCUAAACAGUAAAUUGAAAAUCUACCAUAUGAUAAUGGUUUUUUUGUCUA